AUGUCGGUCUUGUGGCUCGUGUUAACAUUGCUCCCGAUCCUCGGGGGCGCUCAAAGGUUUAACUGCCGAGGACGCAUCUUGGGAGCAUACUAUGCGGAUGCGAAAUCCGGCUGUAAGGCUUUCCACGUGUGUGUUAGAGUUGCCGGUGGCGGCAUUCGAGACUUCAGGUUCUUCUGCCCCCCUGGUACCCUGUUCCAUCAAGAGGCCCAAACAUGCACUGAUUGGGGUGACGAUGACCCUCUGGCCUGUCCCGCAGACAUCUACGACGGUCAGUUUGAUCUCUACAAAAUCGGAUCCGGUUUUGACACGAAAAAAUUGUCGUCUCCUGGAAAUCGAGAAGAAGAAUCUGAAUUCGGCCUUCAAAGGGCGGAAACUGGUGAUCGUCGGCUCUCGCAAAAUAAUGCGGCAUCUAAUAACGGUGUAUCUGAUUUGCGAACAGCCCAUUCAUCUGAUUUCUUCAGUGGACAGCGAGAACAAGGGCGAGAAGAGUCUGUUACCCUACAAGCGCAACCUUCGUCCAUUCCUCCAGGUCGUCAAUCUUUUAGAAGAAUACCCACAUCACGACCUUCAUACCCAACUACACUAUUCACGACAGCGUCACCUUCACCUUCACCACAACCUUCCAGUCAACAGUACGAUGGUCCAAAAAGAAAACUAUACCGUAAACGACCUGUUAACAUUUCAACCGCAGCACCGUCUACAACAGCACAAAGCUAUUAUUCAUCUCAACAAACAAACUCGCCACAAGAUUACUUCAUUCAAAAAAAUCCGCCGCAGAACAAACAGCCGACUACCACAACUGUGAAUAUUCCACCCGAAUAUAAAGAUGAAUACGUGGAAGUUAGCCGUGUGACCCCAAAACAGAGCAAAUACUUUCCAUACAAUGAACCCACGACAUCAACUCAAGCCCCUGCGAACAAGAAAGAAGGAUUAGUUGAACUUUACAAUUACAAUGAUAAGAAUUCGAAUAGUUUCCAUGAUAAUCGCUCUAUCAAGCUUCGAAACAGUUUCAAUGUACUUUCAGAAGCCAAGCCUACGGACUUUACGAAAAUAAAACCUUAUAAUCAAAACUACAACAGAGGCACACCUGGAUAUUCAACUAAUUAUCCUACAACGACCGUUGACUACAACUCAGCCAGAGGAGUCAUAACUAGUACUCCAAGCUACAGGAACUUCAACAGUGUUUCCUACGAACCUGAGAAAAAUAACUUUGUAUCCUUCCCGGGUGGCAAACAGAACUACUUUAAUAACCCCACUGCCGCCCCCUCUACUACCAGUUUGUUUACAACCACCCGUUCUGAUCCCUAUUCCAAUCUGAACACAGUUGCGUAUAAUACAAACAAUGCUUUAAAUACACAGUCAUUCAAUUACGCAGACAGCCAUGAAGACGAUGGCCAGUACCGGCUUCCUCAUGGUGAAGAUGACGGGCAAUACAGACCCGAACUGUACGAGAGAGAAACAGAACUACUAUCAGGAGCACAUUCGCUUAACAUUGCGGCAAGUGGUAACAGGCUUCCAGAAGAUCGAAAACAAGAAAAAAUACGAUCUCAAAAGAACUUUGGGAAAGUAUCUACUCCAAGACCAUUUAGACUAGCAUCAACAACAACCGCUCAACACCAUCCUACAGAACUAUUCACGAGUACCCCUCGACAUUAUUCCGAACAAACGACGCUCCGUUCUUUUGACUACUAUCAGCCUUAUACCACAACAUCUAGACCAUACGAUGCAUCAUCGGCGCCAGCCUACAGUUCACCACAAGUCAAUAAUGUUCCAAAGAUUACGACCACUAUAGCUCCCCAUAAGCAAGAGCUUUAUUCGCAAGGCUAUGAAAAUAUUCCUUCUUCAUCUCCAAGACCACGACCUUCACACAAUAACCGUCCCAACAAAGAAGAAUCCAGCUACGACUACGCAUAUUACGACUCUGAUCCCGGCUUCUCUGAAUAUGAUCAAAUAGAGGAAUUCGGAAGAACUAACGCUAGAGUAUAA